AUGGGUGACUAUGCUGACUUUCCUGACCCCGACACCAACGAGUAUGACGACCUUGACGAAUACACCGAGGGCUUGGAGAAGUAUAAUCCGGUUGUUACUCGAAACCUAUUCUAUCCCAUUUGUCUUGGAGAAGUCCUGAAUCAGCGAUACUGCUUGGAGCAUAAACUUGGCCAUGGUGGAUUUUCCAGUGUCUGGAUAGCCCUUGAUAUCCAAAACGGGACCAAUGUUGCUCUCAAAAUUCUUGCUGAAGGACUUGGGGGGAAUGAGUACCAUAUGCAGGAGGAAAUCUUCAAGACUGUCAGAGAUACAUCUCAUCUUACAACUUAUAUAGAUACCUUUGUUCUUCCUGGCCAUCAAAACAACCAUCGAGUUCUUGUUUAUCCUUUACGCGGCCCAGGGCUUUCCAUCUUUACUCUUCUUUGGACCAUCUGGACAGAGAUGGCAAGUACAUUUACUGUGGAUUUACUCCUUUCUACGACAUCCAUAGCAGACCUUGGGUCCAUUGCCAAUAGAACUCAAAAGGCCAGUUUUGCUGGCCUGAGGCAGAGCGGGAUGAGUAGUACACUGGAGCUCCCAGCCCCGAAUUCGAGCUUAGACCUAUAA